AUGGUCAGUUCUGUCCCUGGGGGUAGUGAUCUUCUCAGUUCGGAGACAAAUAGCAGCGUAAAGGACACAAAAAUUUCAAUUGAUUGCAGUAGGCCGGAGUCUCCGGUUGUGGAAACUUGCUCUAACCCAUGUACGCGAGGUAAAAUUCUAUGGUUGGAGAUAACUGAAAUUUUUUCAGUAAAAAAGAAUGUCAAUGUUGAAUCCUCAUCUGCAGUUGUGUACUCAUUCCUUUUCCAUCAUAUGACUAUGUUUGAAGGACUUCAACUUUUUGAGCAGCUGUUUGAUAGUUCAGAGAUUACAAGGCUAAAUUCGUUAGCAAAUAACUUGAGAGCCGCUGGUCAUAAAAGAGAGUUCCGUGGGCGUACCUUUGUUGUAUCCAAGAGGCCUAUGAAAGGGCAUGGGAGAGAAAUGAUCCAAUUAGGCAUCCCCAUUGCUGAAGGACCUGCACUAGAUGAAACUACAACUGGGAACUCUUCUGAGCGGAAGGCGGAGGCUAUUCCAAGCUUGUUGCAGGAUGCCCUUGAUCUAUUGAUCCAGAAUCAGGUUUUGACUAUUAAGCCUGAUUAUUGUAUUAUCGAUUUUUUCAAUGAGGGUGACCAUUCACAGCCUCAUCUUUGGCCAUCGUGGUAUGGGACACCUGUAUUGGAUUCUAUAAAUUAUGCAAAGUUCACUAAGUUAUGUAAACAAUUGUAUUCUUUAUAA